UUGACAAAUAAAAAAAGCAGAAGCAAAAAAACUGUGAAAAGCAAUAUGUCAAUAAGGAGAUUUUUCGUAAACAAUCUAAUGAAAUUGUGAAUUACCAAGUGCUUUCUGGCCUUUAUGGAGGUAAAAAUGCAGCACAACUCCCAGGCGCACUUGUUUCAAAUACAGGUUAAAUCCCUAAUCAAAACUCUAAAAUGUCUGCAGUCGGACGAUAAAUACCAGGCGCUACUGUUUCUCAUCUCGGCCAUUAAGCUGUACGUCAAAUUUUUAUACAACGACAACCAAGAGCGUAUCUAUAAGCCGUCAAUACUCAAAGAAUUGAACAACAUCCAAAAUGUGAUUAUUGCAAAUUUGUUAAAAUCGCGAGGUGCAGCAUCGGCACCAUCAUCCUUAUCUACUCCAUGUGAACUGCGGACCAACAUUCGAAACAAUAUCCCUGGUGUCGCAGGUAGUGAUGGAAUUUUGCUCGUUCACCCUAGUGCAAAGCCGCUGCUUCCGCUCACUCCGUACAAUAUUUCGGGGAAAUUGCUGAGGGGAGGGCUAUUUGAUGAUAUUCCUCUAACGGGCGCACUUAAAAUCAAAUCACGCAAACGUCUUGGUACAUUGACAUGCUACGGCAAUGUUCAGCUGAAUCGUUCCCUGGUGCGAUUAAUUGCUUCCCGCAACUUCAAGCUGCUGUUCAAUAUGUUCGAACAAAGCAUCUUUCCUGCGUGGAAAAUUUUCAAAGCGGAGCGUCCGGUGCGAUCUCGUACUCGUACGACUAUGCCAGCGAUCUGUUACAGUGGUGGAUCAUCACAUUCUCCUCCAGCAGCGUAUAUCAAAAAAGAGGAUUUCGAUUUUGAUCCACCCUACUCACUGACGGGUGAUGAUCCAUGCUUCGAGGAGCUUAAGGAUGACGACGACGAGCUUCUGAUGCUAAAGGACGAGGAUGACGAUUCUAUAUCUAAUGAAAUAUUCUCCGAGGAAUCCUCCACUAACAACACAUCGCUGAUGCUAUCGUCUGACACGAAUACUUUGGACACCAACGAUUCGAAUAUGCUGUCCGGUGAGCGAUGUAAGGAGCAAGUGUACCAGUGUUUGUUGUGCGAUAAGAGCUACCGGAAACGAAAAUCGCUAGUUAUACAUUUCAGUCAUCAUCCAGGAUUCUGUCCAGAUUGUGGAAAACAGCGUGGCGUGACCUCAGAGGAAAUAAUCGAACACAAUCGGGUCUACCACAAAAACAGGCCUCACAUUUGUGAACACUGUGGAGAAACAUUCACGCGUAACCAACAGUAUCAGGUCCACGUGCAAGGUCAUUUCAUCAGCAAAGCUCGCGUCCAAGAGCAAAAUUGUAAAAAAACGUAUAAGUACAGCUGUCGCACUUGUGGCAUUGUUUUCAACAAUCAGAAAUAUUUGGAAAAACACGUUCAAAAAACUUGUCACCAGGCCGAAGGGGUGGCCUGCGACACGUGUGGUGCAAUAUUUCCCUCUGAUAUAAAACUUUAUCAGCAUAUUGCUAGGACCCAUAAGAAUGAUAAACGAUUCACAUGUGAACAUUGCGCUAAAGUAUUCAACCAGAAAGCGAAUCUCGAUCGACAUCUUCUCUUACACACAAAUGUGCCAGAGAAAAACUUUUCCUGUGAACAGUGUGAUGCCACGUACCUCUCCAUGGCUUCCCUGAAGGAACAUGCUAAGAUAGCCCAUAGCGGGGACGAUAAAUUUGAAUGCAACAUUUGCAACAAACUGUUCGCUGCGAAACGAUCGCUCAAGCGUCAUAAGCUUUGUCACUCGGAGGAACGUCCUUUUCCCUGCACGGUGGAAAACUGCAAAGAGGCCUACAAAAACCAGUCCCAUUUGGCACGACAUAUGAAGACCGCUCAUCACAUCGAUCCACCUCCCAAGCGAAUGCAGAAAGCUGCUAAGAAUGAAUCGGGUGAAUUUAUUCCUUUGGAUCCGAUCGGCACAGGAGAUUCAGCAGCUAGUAAAAGUAAUCCAAUGAAAAAACCAGUGAUUGGAGGAAGUGACAAAUCCAUUGGUGACAGUAGUACUAACUUCAGUGACAAUUUAUCGACCUACAACUAUGACUACGUGGAAACUGGGGUUACAGUGCCAGAUCCGAGUCAGCAACGGAUACAAAUGCUUGGGCCAGCAGGUACUCGACUAGGAAUCCCUCCUGCUGUUAGCUUUAAUGAUCCCAACUUGGGAUACGGUGGACCUGCCCCCGGGGAACAGUUUGAAUGGCAGAAUCUCGAAUUUGGUAGCGUUGGCAAUUCUAGCGGUGGGGGCAAUGGGCCUGUUCUUCCACCGCGAAACAUUGGCAUUGAACAAAUCAAUCAAAGUUACAUAGAUAGUGGCCACGGAGCAAACUACAUGACUGGAACUAUGCCUGCAAUGCGGACAUAUUCGGACCCGAAUUUGAUAUGCGAACACUGUGACGAGGCUAAUUUCCUCAAUAGUCAGCAGUUACAAGCUCACAUACAAGAUCACUUUACGGCGAAAGAUGGUAAGGAACCACCAGGGAAAAAAUUGCAACGAUUGUAUUGUAAAACCUGUAAUUUGGUGUUUUCUACCGGACCCCAACUGGAUCGACACAUCCAAAAAACGAAUCAUCACACCGACAGCAUUGUGUGUGACCUCUGUAGUGCAAUAUUCAACUCUAAUCUCAAGGUUUACCAGCAUAUGCUCAAGUGUCAUAAAAAUGAAACCUGGUACGCAUGUGAACAAUGUUCUAAAGUAUUCAUACUGAAGCAAGAAUAUGACAAACACCAGCUGGUACAUCAAACCGUUACUGAUAAAUCAGUUAUCUGCGAACAUUGUGCGUCUUCAUUCUUCUCGCAGGAAGCACUCAAAGAACAUAUCAAAAUUUCUCAUACAGUGGAAAAGAAGUACGAGUGCAACAUAUGCAACAAAUUGUUCGCCGCAAAACGAUCGUUAAAACGCCAUAAACUUUGCCAUGAGGAGGAAGGUGCAUUUCCAUGCCCGGUCGAAGACUGUAAGGAAUCGUUCAAGACUCCUACCAGCUUGGCGAAGCACAAAAAGAUGGUGCACAGCAUUGGCCCAGAUUCCAGCGAAAAAGGGGGAGCCAAAGGAAAAGCAAGUGCUACUGCGAAAGCAACCAGUGAUAAACUGCUUCCCGAGCCUCCUCCAGUUGUAUCGGGACCGUCGUCGGGUACACCAGGGAUUCCUAUGGGUAAUGUUCCUGGCACACCAGGCUCAAUUAAGCUUGAACCCCGGACACCUACGGGUAUGUUGGUGCCUCCCUCGCGAACCAGCAGCACCAGUAGUGCUGGUGCUGGAAGUAAUCCAAACGCAAUACCGUAUGAUCCAUAUGGCACUGGGCUCCAUUAUAAUAACGUAAUGGGCCAAGGUCAACAGCAAAGCACUCAUUUUACUAUCCAAAAUCCAAACAGUGCGCUCCACUAUGGAUCAACCGCAGGUGUGGGUCGAACUGGGACUGAGCAGACAAUGACUUACCGGAUCGAUCCUACUGGUUCACCUGUGGCGGGUCCCUACGGUCACGCAGCAGCAGGAGGCUACGGCCAGAUGAACAGUUCCUUCGAAUGGCGAAACAUGGAAAUGCAAAACAGUAUUGACCCAGGAAUGGGAACGUCCAACACGAGUGCCGGGCAGACGGUCCAGUCAGUGGCUGCAACAAUGAAAGCCAACAAAUACUAUCCAGUGAUGGAUCCUAGUGGUGCCGCAGGCGGCAGUUUUAUUCACUCCCAACAGCCACAACAGCACCAGUCGCCUCAUCAUCCACAGCAGCAACUGCACUCACAACAUCCGCAACAUCACCAGCAAACGCAACAACAACAGAAUCAAGUCGUUACGAAUGCUGCAGCUUUGCAAGUUAAGAAUCCACAAGAUGCACAACAACAGCACCAUCAACAACAGCAAAUGUUAAGUAUGAAUAGUCAGGAGUUUAUGGGUUAUCAAGAAAUAUGGAACGCGAACAUGGUUAAAAUGGAAUACCAGGAUGACGUAAACAACUCGAAUGUAUCAGGAAGCUCGUACAAUAAUAUUGGAAACAUUUUAUCGAAUCUAGAACUGAUAGGCAACAAUAGUAAUUAUGAGCAAAAUUAUGACAUUGUUCCACCAGCUACUGGUGGCGAUCAGCAACAACAACAGCAGCAGCAACAGCAACAAUCUAGCCAAUCGACUGCUCAAGUGCCGCAUGUCGCACCGAAGAACAACUAUCAUAAACAACAGCAUAUGCAUCAACAACAGCAGCAACCUGGAAUGAUGGGUGUCGAAAAUCCGAUGGUAGGUCAGCAUCAUCACCAGCAGCAACAAUAUUUCCAAGAGCAUCACGCUCAAGCCCCUGGUCAUCACCCUCAUCAACAACAGCAACACCAUAGCCUUCAUCAUCCGCAGCAACAGCACCAUCCUGGUCAUCCGGGUCAUGUUCAAUUGCAUGGUCACCACGUGCAACAACAGACACCGAGUCCGCAUCACCAUCCACCGCACAUGCAGCAGCUUCAGGGAACACAACAGCAACAGCUGCAGCAACAUCAGUACAAUGCACAUCUUCCACAUCAUCAACAGCAUCCCCACCAUCAUCCACAUGUACCAGGGCCACCCGGCACACAUCACAGCGCUGCGGCUGGACCGUCAUCUGCCUCAGGACAUCCUCAUCAGCUAGCGCACCAGCAACAACCAGGUAUGUCGGGAUAUCCUAACCAACCACAUCCCCACCAACAGUCACAGCAACAACAACAACAACAGCAGCAGCAGCAACAACAGCAACAACAACAACAACAACAGGACCACACCCUCACAGACAUAUCGAAAACUAACAACUUACAGUUUGUGGACAGUUUUACCGAGUCAAUCGACUAUUUGCAGCAGUCGUUUCAAUACGUGUAAUACCAAGUAGCAACAGCGAAAACGUAUUUUAGUUGCUUGCUGUAGAGGAUUUGCGAAGGUUUUUCGUACAGCUUCGAAUUAUUUUCAACUGAAUGUGCACUGUGGUUGUAGGGUUUCAGGUGGAGUUCGUGUUCACUUCGUUUUGAAUACUUUAGAGUUUCAAUAUCUGUGAUGCAAGUAUGCUUUUAACAUUUUUUGGUGAAUUGUAUAAACAAAUCUAUAGCUUUUUUGUUUAUAUACGUUGAAUAUUUGUAGCUUGUUUUUUCUCUAUUGCAUUUUAUCACAUUAUGUGUUGAAAUGUGUCGAAAUGCUUUAUAUGAGCCUCAACCUGUCGAAUACGUAACGAUUGUAUUCGACUGCUAGUUUUCUAAUGAGUCUAACAUCCAAUUACUAUAGUAUUUUACCAUUAUAUAUUGAGUAUGUGUUUACAGUGUAUCGAAAAUUAGAAACAAGGAGCGUUUUUGAACAAAGUUAUUAAUCUGAGCGAACUAUUUAGAUUUUUUAUUUUGUUUUCAUUUGUUACGGUAGUUAAGCCUAGUUGCAGUGCUCGAAAGAUGUUUUGAUGUUUUUCUCUCUAUAGAAAGGCUAUAGAAUCAUUGUGAAAACCGAUUUUUGAGCCAAGGCGCAGAGGGCAGAAUGUCAUAUACCAUUCGACUUAGUUCGUCUACGCAAAAUGUCUGUAUGUGGGAUUAUGUAUGUAUGUAUGUGUGUAUGUAAAAAAUGUGCACCCGAUUUUCUCGGAGAUGGCUGGACCGAUUUUCACAAACUUACUUUCAUAUAAAAAGUCUCUCGGUCUCACAGGUUGCUAUUCAAUUUUGCCCGUACCAAAAAUCGCUCAGCUCACAAGCUUAGGUUCAAAUGAAAGGUCUUACAACCUAACCUAUAAUCCUACCGAAAAUUACUCCAAUUUCUCAUAAACGGCCAGACCGAUUUUCGCAAACUCAGAUUUAAAUGGAAAGCAUUAUGUUUCCAUAAGUUGAUGUAGAAUUUUAUCCUGGUCUGGCUUGCGGUGCCGGAAAUACAGGGUAGUGUGUAUGAUAUUGUAACCUGACAUAUAGAGCGAUAAUGCAAAAAACGUAAAAAUUCUUCUAAAUUUGGUUCCAAACUGUUUCAAGCUAUAGGCACAGACUAACAGACAGGACACUCAAAUUAGAUUCUUCAAUCAUUUUAACGGUCAUUUCGAAUAUUCCUUUAUUUGGGACAGUACUCACAUGUGUCAUGAUGGCGCCACGUUACCCUAUCAAAAACAUCAUGUCUGUCAUCUAGACUGUGUUUAUUUUUUUUAUUUACCAACAGAGUUGCCAUUCAUACAGAAUUACCUGUAAUGUAUUGAUUUGUAUACGUCCAUGCGAAUGUCAUGCAGGAUACAGAUUUAAUACAUAUUGCCAAAACUAUAUACAUAAUUGUGCCUAUUUCUCAUCCUCCAACGCAAGACAAAAUCGAACCCGUUUUGUUACAAUAUUUACUUGCUUCUGGUCUGCCGCCACCUAAUUUCUGGUGAAAACUACCAACACAAUAAAAAAUAGUCUAGAUGAACAACGUUGAGUCAAAUAAAUGGUUACCUUCCAACAUCGCGAAAAAGUUAAAUAUAUUAUCAACGUAAUCCAAUAAUUUAUUGUGACGUUUCGUUUUCAAAUAUUUUGUUGAAAUCAGGCAUCCCUGCAACCAGCUGAUCGGUGUUGACAAACGAGGGGAAACCAACUAGUAAGAAAACUUUUACAUAACACAAGGGGUGUACAGAUAGUAAAUAGUUCGCGCAGUACAAUAUAGGUGGAGCUAGUGCAUCACGAAAAAUUAUUUUUUAUAAGAAUUUACUCAUACUGUCAUGUCUGUUAGUCUGUGCUAUAGGUUAUGCAAUUUGCUUGCUGGCUAAAAGAACCGAUUUCAGCUAUAGUUCUUAGCUCCCGAUUCUAGAAGUAACGGAAAUAGUGGUCGAAAACUCAAAAAGCUAAGUUGAUUUCCACAAACUAAGACUCAAACUUCUAUAAAAAUAUACUACUUUUGACCUUUGUUCGAAGAUCACUUCCGGUUCCGGAACAACAGGAUGAGAUGUGUUUAAAAUUUUAAACCCUUAUUUUUUAUAGCGAAAAGGCAAGAAACGGAGAAAUUUUCUAUUCAAUUGGGUCGAAACUUGUCUUUUUGGUCCUUAAUCAAUAUUCAAACAAAAGUCUUAGUAAUAUUAAAAAGACAAGAGUGACGAAAGACAUUAUAACACCACUAGGUAGAUCAAAACAGGUUUUUCUUGUGCUCAAUUAAUUAAACACUGAAGGCAAAAAACUAAUUUCUCUUUCUAGAUGGUUUAACCCAAUGUGAUGUAAACUGAUGGUGCAGACCACAUGCUUUGUAAAAAAAUUCGAUAUGACGACAUACAUGUAAAAUAAACAUGCUUGGAUUCAAUCAUGAAUCAAGUAAAUCUAGAUUUACCACUGUACGGAGACAUUGACAGCGCUUCUAGUGAGAAACGGGUGUACUUUUUUCCAUUAGCUACUGUGGUUGUGUUAAAAGCGCAGGGAACUUUAUACAUUCAUUUUAUGCCCCGUUUACACUUCUGCUGGCUGCCAGCAUGCUGGCGUCAUUGUACUGCCCUCUUAGGAAAAAACGUUCAACUGUGGUCCAAUGAUCCAAAGUAUUAGACCAACGAAGGACCACCGUUGAACGUUUUUUUCCUCAGAGGGCAGUACACUGACACCAGCAUGCUGGCAGCCAGCAGAAGUGUAAACGGGGCAUUAGGAGCACAUGGCGACGCUUUCGGUGUCACGGGUUGCUCUAUUACAAUGCUAUUACACUGAGAAAUCUAGAUGUAUUUUAUUUAUGAUUCAAUCAGUGUUGCCAGAUCAUUUUCCCAAAAAUCUGAAUUCGGCGCCAAAAUCUAUCUGUACCAUAUCGGUAUCAGAAUCCUUUAAGUACCAGGAAAAAUGUCACCAAAGCUCAUUUUGGCGAGCAAAAAAAAGGUCCCACAGCAACCUUUUACCGAUUGUCUAUCCAAACUAAAACCGAAAAUCAGUAUUUAGGGUAACAGAGGUAUUUUGGCCCACUUUAAGAUUGAUUUUAUAUUGGCCCACUUUGUAAAAAUAUCCCCCAAAUGUUAUAAUAUCUUUGAAAACCCCUUCCGCAGUAGGUAAUUCAAUGUGAUUAGCUUCAAAUUGAUGCAACAUGGGUUACUUAACAUCGAUAAAAUCCGAUGAAAUUGAUAAAGUUUGUUAGGUGGGCCAAAAUAUAUGAAGUGGCCAAAAUACCUCUGUUACCCUAUCUGUACGAUCCGUGAAUUAUCGGUAUUUUGGGAGUACAUAUCUGUAUUGCGGUAUAGAAGUCAAAUAUCUGUAUAAAUACAGAGAAAUCGGUAUACCUGGCAACAUUGGAUUCAAUGCUAACCAGGGAUGCCAGGUUCACAGAUUAAUCUGUGUUUCACAGAUUUUCAAUUUUCUGCACAGGCUUUAAAAAUGGCACAGAUUUUCACAGAUUUCUAAAAAUGGUCACAGAUUUUUACGGAUUCUGAAAUAAAUCAUAGAUUUUCACAGAUUUUUGAAAGCGAGUACAGUUUAGCAUCAAAAGUACAGAGCGAUUGAGUAAAAAGGUACAGAGCGUGUUGAUGUGUUUUUUUUUUGCUCACCUAAUUGAUUCCGAUCUGCUACUAUGGUACGGGAAACGUGCACAGAUUUUCACAGACAGGUUUUUAGCUUGAUCUUUAUCAUGUACUUUGUCUUUGACACAUUGAUCUCUAGUCCGAUCCGCUUGGCCUCAGCUUUUAGUCCGAUGUACGUAUCUUCCAUCUUCUCAAAGUUGCGUGCUAUAAUAUCAAUAUCAUCAGCGAAACCAACGGACUUUCUGAAAAUCGUGCCACUCGUGUCUAUCCUAGCUCUUCUUAUCACACCCUCCAAAGCAAUGUUGAAUAGCAGACACGAAAGGCCAUCACCUUGCCGUAACUUUCUGCGAGUUUCGAAGGGAUUCGAGUUUAUCCCCGAUACUCGAACAACGCACAUCACUCGAUCAAUCGUAGCCUUGACCAAUCGUAUCAGUUUGUCCGGGAAUCCGUAGUCGUGCAUGAUUUUCCAUAGCUGUUCUCGAUCGAUUGUGUCGUAGGCUGAUUUGAAAUCGAUGAAUAAGUGAUGUGUGGGCACAUUGUAUUCGCGGAACUUUUGCAACACCUGGCGGAUGGCGAACACUUGGUCCGUGGUAGCGCGUUCGCCCAUAAAUCCUGCCUGAUAUUGUCACAUGGCCUCUGCGCGAACGGUUCACCUUCUCGUAGAACUUCCUUGUGUCAUUAGAACGGAACAGCUGUUCCAUCGCUUCGCGAUCUCGGUCAUCCUAUUGGCGCUUUUUUCUACGGGAUACCGAGUUUAGUCUGUUCCGCGCCUGUCUGUAUCGCUCCUCGUUUGCUCUCGUUCGGUGUUGCAGCUUGCUCGGCCAAGCUGCAUUCUUCUCGGCCACUAACUGUUCACAUUCGUCGUCGAACCAGCAGUUCCUUACGUUCGGAGUCGUACCUAGUGUGACGACAGCAAGCACUGGUUUUUAGUUUUACUUGGCUUGCUGAAGUAAAGUUGAUAUCACUAGAACUAUGUUUACCCCACCUGAGGUAGAAACCUCAUUGGGUUUAACCCAUAUAAUCAUUUUUUUUUGUUAUAUUCGUCUUGAUUCAGUAUAUAGUAAUCUUUAAAGAAUUUAUUAAAGAAUGUUUCUGUACACACAAAAUUAACAAUGCUGCUUCGCAGUUUGUUCAGAAAGUAUCGCGAAUAAAUAAAAAAUAGAAGACAAACUACAGCAUGUCCACGCUCAAUAGCUGUCAGAAACUGACUGGACAUUCUAAAUGGCCGGAAUCGUUAACAUAAGUGAUGGUUAUGAUUACGAACAUAACACCAUCAAAAGAUCAAAAAUGGAAUAUACGUAGCCCGCGAAAAUUCAAAAUUCGCGAUACUUUUUUAACAGACCUUGUAAGUUGUCUGAGGCUACUGGGCGAUCGGUCUGGGAUCUCAUGGGAGAUCGUUAGUACCUAUAAUCCUACUUCGAUCAGAACGAGUCGUGUGGCAUUCGGCGGCUAAAAUUAGCCAUAAACAGAUCCAUUGGAUUUCUGCUUCCAUGUCGUAAAAAGCGACAAUAGCAGUAGUCUUUUCUUUCUCCUACUCACUGCUACCAGAUUCUUUAAAUGUUUAACAUCUGGUGGCAAACAAUCCUUUCAUUCCUAAGUAGAUCUGCAUUCCGACUUUGGCUGCUAUAGUUGCCAAUCUAGCGUAAAAAUGGUUUCUUAAGACCACUUUGCCUGGAAGUGCAGCAGCGUUUUCAUGUGUCUUCAAGCCCAUUGUGGUUGUUUACCGAUUAAUGCUUUGUUAAAAUUGAUCCUUUGAUGGUAGUAGCGGAGAGUAUUAACUGUUCGCCGGACGCAAGAAGCUCGUAGUACACUACUCCCUUCUGAAUACAUCACACACUUAGCAUUAAGCAUUUCGCACCGAGUUUAUCCCAUUUCCAUCUGUCUCCCUCAAACAGUUUGUGUUGAAUCCAUUUAUCAACGUUAUCAAUUUUUCCCAUAGCUCGCAGACAAUCAGAAAUGCUUUUCGAGUUGUACAGAUUUUUGGAAAAAUGACCCUGCAGCGUACGCAAGUUUUGAAGGUUGGGGCAAAAUCUGAACAAGGAUUCGACGACUUUCUGAUUAUGUAUUCUUUUGAACAGGAAAAUCAAAUAAACAAAUGCGAUAUUUUUAAAAGGUAGACAAACAGAAUCCGAAUGAAAAAUCCCUCCUAUUAUUCCUCAGACUAAAUCGGGUUUGGCCCGGUUAAUCUACCGAGAUUAAACAGAAGAAUUUAUCAAUUGCAACACUCUACACUUAUGUUAUGCAACCAUAUUUAAUUAUUUAUAGGAUGAUUUUGUGUCAAGGCAAAAUUUGUCCCGCAAAGGGUCAUAAAUGAUUCUUUAUAGCUUUAAUCCCUAACAUCUAUAUUCCACGCGUUUAGGGAAAAGAAAACGAACCUUUUCCAAACUUUCUUAAUUUCGGCGCAUUUUUUUUCUUGGCGCCCUAAGUGAACGUAUAUUCUGCGUAUGCGUUUAUCCAGUCCUGAUACUUUUAACUUUCGGUGUAUUAAACUGGUUUCUCAAUCCGAUUAGAUGAAUUCCAGUUGAUUGAUACAUCAACAACAACUUAAGUACGUCUAUUUAGUUGGAUUUCGUCGGUAGAGCAAUCGUUUUGAGAACUGCCAAACUUGCUAUUGGGAUGUGGACAGCAACACGACAUUUUGAAUUUGGGCACCUGUUACACAGAACCAUAUAUUAUUAUUUCCAGAAAUUGGUAGCGUCAUGAGCAUUCGAUAUAACAUAUUUAUGUGCAAUAGACAACUCCCGGAAAAUCAUCAAUAUGCGUGAUAUAAAUUUGGCAAAAAUACGCAAGGCAGUAUCAGAUAGUGUGGCUUUUAGACAGAGUUAGCAUUCGUCUUCAAAUUACAAGAUGUUGAGAAAACUUGUUUUGUGAAAAAUAUUUGUUAUUUGAUUAUGGUUAAUGGCAAUUAUUCGAAAAAGCGUACUUGUACAAAACAAAACUUCGGAACGUAAUUGAAUACAGUCAAACCAACCCAAAAAUUCAUACAACCACGAAUAGACAACAUUCGAUCCGCUUCACCCGUACUAACCCAGUUACACUGUCUUAAUUCAUUUAGUUUUUUUAGAGCGACAUACUCGCGAGCUCGCUUUACUUCGUUUACAGUAGCUCGUAAGAAAAGCAAAACAAAUCAGAACCCCAUGAAAAAAAAUAAUCGCGUUAGAUUUCAUCGUUGUCAUCACUAUUAAACAUGAAUCAUAAGCUCACAUCCACAACAUCCAUACCCUAUAGCCCCCAUUAUGAUAUAAGUUCACAGAAAAUCAGAAAUUUGCAUAUAUAGCGUAUAGGAAAAGCGUUAAGAAACCUAUAUUUCAACACAGAGCAUAAUGUCCGAAACGGAAUAAAAUAUAGAUAUAUUGCUACUAUUAAGUAAAUGAAAGAAUCAAACGAUUGUAGCGUGUCGGUUUGAUUGAUAUCGAACGCAGUAGAGAUUUAUAACAGUAUGACUGAGUAUGCGUGAGUGUAAACUGAACAAAUUUUUAAAAAUUUAACAAAAAUGAACAUUUAAUUUUUACUGUUUUCGUAAAACAAUUACUAUUAAGAGAGAAUUAAAAUGUCGUAAAAACAAGAAUAAUACUUGUGAACGAACGGGGAAAGAUGCAACACUAAGACGGUUGAAAAACAAUAGAGAGAAAGAAAACAUUGUAAUUAUAAUAUGUACUAUAAGUGUUAAAAAAGAGUAAUCUUUGUAUUAGAACCACAAUUAAACUGUGGCAGGAGGCACAUUUGCAAGCAGAGAAAAGUAUGUUUAGCCAGAGAGACGUAAUAUAUAUUUAAAUACCCGUGCGGACCUGCAUCUACGGGAAAUUUUAUUACAGAAGCAUGUUGUCAACGAUCUUCCGUUGAUUUGGCAGUGAAAUAAAAUUGUACAUCUCCACUUUUUACUAAGUAUCUCAGAAAUAGAGUGACACUAACUUCUUGCAUAUGGAAUGCGCGAAUGAAAAAAAUAAUAAUAAUGCAAACACACACCCAUACACAUACACACUCAUACAUAUUUGCUUACAAUAACCAGAUAAUACACACCCAAGCAUACUUGUAAUGAAUAAUAUACUUGCAUAAAAAUAAUAUAUUGAUAAACAAGUGAAAAAACUAUUGAAAACUAUUAUAUACACAACACAAUUAUUAUAUUAUUGAUUAUUAUUAUAUCAUUAUUACUAUUAUUAUU